UUCUGACAGCAUCAGCAGUGAUGAAGAAGAGCUAAGAACACUGGGCAGUAGUGGCAGUGAAGGCAGUACUCCAGAGAACAUUGGUCCUCUUUUCAUCACGGAUGAAAACAGUUGGUACAACAAAUGCAAAAGGGUAGAACAGAAGUACCGGCUUGCAUUGGAACAGAAGGGUUACCUUGAGGAAUUGGUACGACUCAGAGAAAACCAGCUAUCUGAAUCUGUCUCACAGAAUAAGCUGCUAUUACAAAGAAUUGAAGAUAUGGAUCUAGCCCAUAAAAUGGAGAAGGAACAGCUGGAAUAUAUCAUUGUGGAACUGCAAGACCAGUUGACUGUGCUAAAGAAUAAUGACUUGAGAUCAAGACAAGAAUUAACUACUCACCUCACCAAUCAGUGGCCUUCCCCAGGAGCUCUGGAUGUCAAUGCUGUUGCCUUGGACACUCUACUCUACAGAAAGCACAAUCAACAGUGGGAUGAGAAGAGUUUUCAAAGUCUGGACCAACUGUCAGCAGAAGUUAGUCUUUCUCAAUCCUCUCUGGAUCCAGGUCACUCACAGGAUGGGAAACAGGAUGGAGUGAACUUGUUAAAUGAAGGGAAGGAAGACACUCCAUCGUUGCUUGGUCUUUGUGGCUCUCUUACAUCAGUAGCAAGCUACAAAUCUCUCACAAGUCUGAAAUCAAGUGAAUAUCUUGCAAGCCCCACAACAGAGAUGACAAGUCCAGGCUUAACACCAUCUUGAGACACACUCAAGAAGGAAGAGCUUUGUGUUGUAUGCAUUUGGUUUCUGUUCCAUAAAGUGACUUGCAAUGAAGACUGCUGGUUCUGCGUUAAAACAUAAGCUGCUUUAUUUUUUCUUCUCUUGGUCACCUGUUCAAUUCACAAAUUCUGUCAGUUUUUUUCCCCAGAGGACUUUUUAGAUUUUCUAUUUUAGUCUUGAAUUAUUUAAAGCUCUUGGUCAGGUACAGGAUAUAUAAUCUGAUAUUUAUGACUGAUUUUUUUAACGGAACAGUUGGAAAUCAGUCCCAUGCUUAACUGCC